GUUGGUGUGAAUUUUUUAUUAUGUAUACGAGUCAGAGGCUUUGUAGUAAUUCCACCUCCUCCUUUUGAUAUUUUUGUUGGUAAACAAAGUCCUUUUUCUAUUUGUAGUGUCAUCCUGCGUAUGUGCUUUUGGACUCUUCCAUUGCAUUUCACUGCAUUGCAUCAUCAAUUCAUCAUUCACGACCAAAUAAUGAAAACCCCUUCCUCUGCAAAGACUGUAACUAUGUUCCUGCAUUUGUCCUCUUAUCUGUGCAUCCAUGUCGUACAUACACUUCAUCAUCUUUGAAUAUUGAACACCAAAGAUUAAUAUUUUCUCAAUUCAUUUUCUUAGUGGCGGUCUUUGUUGGUUCAGAAAUUUUUGCUUAAAUUUUGGAGUUGGAGGAGAUCUUGUUGCAGAGAUUCUUGUAUAGUCAGUUAUAGAUUUUCCAUUUUUCUGCAUUUUUUUUUUCUUCUUGUUUCAUUCUCUUUCCUCCUACUUUAUCUCUCUUACCAGAGACAGGACAAUGACUGAGACUGUAGUGGCCUGGAUCUUCUUCAACUGUGUUCUUUAACAGAAAACAGCUUGGUGGGUUUGAACUAUUUCCAUGAGUGUUCAAAUUUUGAACAAAAAAGUGUUCCUCCUCCUCCUUCCAUGAAAGCUUAGCACCCUUUGAUAUCUCCAAAUUUCCAAGACAUUAUUAAGGAAUUAAUUGCAGAAAUCAAAACAAACAAAGAUAGAAACUUUUCAACUCUGAAUUACACAAUCAACAAAAUCAGGACUAAAAAGAAGUUGUGUGGGCAAUUGGGUGGUUUUCUUCUGGUUCCAGAGGUUGCGGUGAUCAUCUUACAUGCUUUUUCAGUGAAAGUUAUUAAAGAUGAUUACUUUCAUGGACUCAAAGGAGAAAUCAGAGGAAGUGGAUAGGUGUUUGGAUCCUCAGCUAUGGCAUGCUUGUGCUGGUGGAAUGGUACAGAUGCCAAGGGUGAACACUAAAGUUUAUUACUUUCCUCAGGGUCAUGCUGAACAUGCAUGUGAACCUGUUAAUUUCAGGAAUUGCCCAAAGUUUCCACCUUUGGUUCCAUGCAGGGUGGAUUCUAUCAAAUACAUGGCUGAUCCUGAAACAGAUGAGGUUUAUGCAAAAAUCAGGCUUGUUCCUUUGAAUGGAAAUGAUGCUGGUUGUGACAGUGAUGUUGUUGGUGGAAAUGGAAAUGACAUCAUCAAUGGGUGUGAAACUCAGGAAAAACCUCUUUCAUUUGCAAAGACAUUGACCCAAUCUGAUGCUAACAAUGGGGGAGGGUUUUCUGUUCCUAGGUACUGUGCAGAGACAAUUUUCCCUCGUUUGGACUUUUCAGCAGACCCUCCUGUUCAGAACAUUCUUGUGAAAGAUGUUCACGGCGAGACGUGGAAGUUCAGGCAUAUUUAUAGGGGCACGCCGAGGCGGCAUUUGCUCACUACCGGGUGGAGUAGUUUUGUGAAUCAUAAGAAGCUUGUUGCAGGAGAUUCCAUUGUGUUUCUGAGAGCAGAGAAUGGGGAUCUCUGUGUUGGGAUUCGACGAGCGAAAAAAGGCGGUAGUGAACCUGAGCGUGGUGGUUCCUCUGGGUGGAAUCCUGAAGAUCCUUAUGGUAACAGAAUCCUGAGAAAUAGUAAUAAUAGCAAUGUGUUGAACCCUAGUGAGAAUAUGUUGGGGACAGUGAAGGUGAGGGCUGAAGCGGUUAUUGAAGCUGCCAAUCUCGCUGCAAAUAAGGAACCUUUUGAGGUUGCUUACUACCCUAGGGGAAGUACUCCAGAGUUUUGUGUGAAGACCUCUUUGGUUGAAUCAGCAAUGCAGAUUAGGUGGUGUUCUGGGAUGAGGUUCAAGAUGGCCUUCGAAACCGAGGAUUCUUCGCGGAUAAGUUGGUUUAUGGGGAUCGUAUCUUCGGUUCAGGUUGCCGAUCCACUUCUCUGGCCUAACUCACCUUGGAGGCUUCUCCAGGUUACAUGGGAUGAACCAGAUUUACUUCAAAAUGUGACAAGGGUGAGUCCAUGGUUGGUUGAAUUGGUAGCAAACAUUCCUCCCAUAAACCUUUCCCCUUUCUUACCGGCGCGGAAGAAGAUGAGAUUGUCUCAACACCCAGACUUCCCCUUUGACGGCCACAUUCCUGUGCCGACAUUUCCUCUAGGUCCCCGCAGCCCAUUUGGUUGUCUACCCGAAAGCACUCCUGCUGGCAUGCAGGGAGCCAGGCAUGCUCAUUAUGGUCUAACCUUAUCAGAUCAUCACCACCUCAAUAAAGUGCACUCAGGUCUAUUUCCGGCUGGUUUUCCGCUGCUCAAUCACUCUGCUGCACCACCAAGUGUCUCCAGCUACCUAAUAUCGCAAAAGUCCGGCAUGACUAGUGAGAAUGUCUCUUGCUUGCUGUCCAUGGCAGGUUCUACCAAGUCUUCAAAUUCAAAGAAACAGGAUGAUGAAAAGAGACCCCAGCUUGUGCUUUUCGGCAAAACAAUUUCACCGAGUAGCAGAUUUGGAGGUCACUAUGAAGUUCUUAUGGAAUCAGAAGAUGUUGGUCAGACAAUUGACCUCUCAUUACAUGUAUGAUGAAUUGUACAAAGCAUGUUUGACAUGGAAAAAUCUGAGAUGCUAAGUUAUGUUUUCUACCGCGAUAUAACAGGUGAGAAGUCAAACACAUUGGAGAUGAACUGUUUUAGUAGGAAUCACAAAUCAAAAUCACUACCUUGCAAUAUGUUGUUCAUCCAAGAAGCUUGACAUAUUUAUCUCUUUGAUGCUGUUGAAGAAACUUGGCAAGAUCAGCAAGCAGGUUGACCAUUCUAAUGCAUUCUAGCCGCGGCACGACAAUGUACGAGUGUAGUAGAGGAAAUUAAACAAUUCUUUCAAUUGUAUAGCUGGUUCAUGAAGUUCUCUAUUUCCCAAUCAAACUCUGCACUUGAAUAAUGUUUUUCUUCAAUCUCAAUAUUGGGAAUGUUUGAAUUUUAAAA